AAGAACAAUCCCGCCUAGAAAACUUGGGAAGACAUUUCCACACCACAGAAACAUCUCAACAAGAAUGGCAACAAUUCUCAAGUUUCUCCCCAUCUCAUCAUCAUUAUCCAUUUUACCAAGUUCCUAUGUCCUUUCAUCGAUCCACAGCAAAUCAUCAAUCAACUUUUCAUCUUUGUCUAAGAGAGCUCAUCAUCCUCUAGUCUCUACGAUAUUUAAACAAGACACUACUAGAAAAUAUUCCACUUCCUUUCGCAUAUCUUAUAGAUAUUACAACGUGGAAGAUGAUGGUGAGGAGAAUUGUAGCUUUGAAGAAGCAGCUGCCCUUUUCAACAAGAGGGAAUACUAUAAGUGCCAUGAUGUUCUUGAAGCUUUGUGGAUUAAAGCAGAAGAGCCCACUAGGACUCUUUACCAUGGGAUUCUUCAGUGUGCUGUUGGAUUCCAUCACCUCUUCAACCAGAAUCAUAAAGGAGCAAUGAUGGAGUUGGGAGAGGGACUGUGUAAGCUGAAAAGGAUGGAUUUUGAGAGUGGACCUUUUCAUCAGUUUGAGCAGGAGAUUUCUGCAGCCCUUGAUUUUAUUUACCUCACUCAGAUUGAGCUAGCUGCUUGUGGAGAUGAUCUAUGUUUGGCAAUGUAUCAAUCAGAGAGAUCAUACCAACUUCUUGGAGCCUAUGCUGCUGGGCAACAUUUGUACAGGCUGCAAAACAACCCUAAUGAUGGUACAUACAUAGUUUUCCGUCCUCAGAUCAGUUCUUAUUCUGGUGAGCCACAAAAAGUAAAGCUUCCAACCCUUAAUGCAGCAGACGAUCAUCUUAUAGCCUACGAAUUUAAGUGAGUUUAUGUAGGCAAUGAUUUCUAUACUUGUAAAUAAUAUUCUAUUGAAUUGUGCAGGAAAAUUCAAACUACAAUGAUUUUUAGCCAUUUUAUGUUAA